AUGGCUGAACCCUCCGCGACACAGCCCAAGGGCGACGACAAGAAGCGAAAAUCAUCAACGGUAGCAGCCGGCUCGUCCGCCGCAGUCGUCUCAAAGAAGAGCAAAGCAACGGAGACAAUGACGAAGACAACGACGAAGACAACGACGACAAACACAAGCGCAAGCGCGAGCUCGAGCGCAAACGUCAAUGGUCCGACGACCCCUCUAUCCCCCUCGCACGAAGCCCUCCUCGCGGACCUCAGAUCCAAAUACGACGUCCUCCCCGCCUUCACCAUCUCCUCCACCAAGAUCCAGAAGCGCGUGACCUGGCUGCUGCAGCACCUGCGCAAAGACGACGGCGAUCCGAGGAGGCGCGUCGUGCUCGUCUACGCGCGGCCGGGCGAGGUCGCCAAGAUGAUUUCGAUUGUGGAGACUGUGAAGCGCAUCGCUGCGGCGGAGAAGAAGAGCGUGGACGGAAAGGACGGGGAAGAGAGCGGCGGCAAGUGGUAUCAGUACAACCUCAUGUACGAGCUGCCGCCGAAACCUGAUGUCGUGGAAGAUACGGUGCUAGGCGGCGGCGGCGGAACGCAGGAUGGCUCGGAUGAUGAGGACAGAGACGAAGACGAUUUCGAGGUUAUGAAGACCCGGUUCGAGAGAGCUGUGUUGCCGCAGCCGGUGAAGCGUGCGGCCAAGUCGCUGAGCAUAUUCCUUUCGUUGACGCCCGUGCCGGAACUCAAGGCCCGAGGGGAUGUUACGACGCAGACGAACACGGCGCAGUGA